CCGUGGUAAGGGACGGACGUCUCUAUGUCGUUCGAAAUUCGAACACGCGAGUUUUAAAAAUCGAAAACGGUAGUUAAAGGUCUAAUAAAAUUAACUGUAAUGUGUUUAGUGUUUUAAGAAGUGUUUGAAGUGUGAUUUUUUUUUAUUAAGAAGUGUACACUUGAUGUUUUGACUUUGUUAUUUGUGCCAGAUCAUUUUAGAUGAAAAUAACCUUAGUAUAUUUUCGGUCGAGGACGUUAAACUAACACUAUUUCUUGGACGGUUUACAUAUUAUGUGAUAAAUUUUUAAUUCUAUUGCGAAUCUCUUUCAGAAUAACCGACAGACUCCAAUUCAAGGAAUUCGACAUUCAUGCCAAGAAAUAUAAGGAUAGUUCCAGACUAAACGUGCAUUGCGAUAACCAAAUGGCAUUUCAUUGUAAAAUCUAUAAGUAAAGUUUGACAAUCGAAGUGGUAUUAAAAAGUGGUGUUUGAUAUGUGCUAGCUGCGUGUCUUAAUGGUGUGGCCACUACGAAUGCCGGCGAAGGGGCCUAUAGGCCGGCAGGUCAAUGACAUCGCCGGCACUUCUUGUGCUAUCUCUCUUCCUCGUUUGCUCAGUCUUCGGAAUGAUAACGGUACAUACAGGUCAUGACAACAAUUCAAAACAAAAGAAUAUCGUAAAUAAUACAUUAAUUAAAGAAGUAAAUAUGAGAAAUCUAACAAUGGAGACUUUGAGGACCAAAACAUUAGAAAAUAGAUAUGUAAGCUUUGAUGAAAAUAUCGAAGAACUGAGAAAUAAUUUUACAUACAAAUACGACGAUAUAUACACUGCCGAUGAUGACCUUAUAUAUAGUAAAAUAAAUAUAAAUAAAUCAUUACAUAAUAUAAUUGAUAGACGAAGAAUUGUACGAAGAAAUGAAGGUAGUAGAAUUUUAAGAGAGAUAUUAAGACCAAGGAGACGAUUUAAGAGAGAAGAAGAUUCAGAAAGAUGUGAAACAUUCUAUUACCAAAAAGGUAGGACGCAAAUAAGUCAUCCGUAUUCAAAAAACGACACAAACAAAUUAUAUUACGGUGACAUAGAUUGCACAACGACAAUUGAAGGUCCUGAAGGAAGUGUGAUAAAAUUAACAUUUGUUGAUAUUUUUCACAUAGAAGACCAUCCAGAAUGUGCUUAUGAUUUCUUAGAAUCACAUUCAGAGAUGUGGCUCGCUGAGGAAGUCAAUGAGGAAUUAGUGUCAGAAUUCUACUUUCUGGGACGCCUUGCGGCAAUAGUUCAAUAG